CACCCCCCAGCCACGGUGAUAGGCUGGGUCCCGGCGAUGGAGCUUGUAUACAUAUACGUUCCCUGCCUUCCUAGUACGUGCUGGGGUUGGGUGGUGCGGCGCGUGCAGUAGAGUUGGAGGGGCUAUGCUCGGAGAAACUCCUCAGUGCAAGGGGAAAAAGUGCGUAGCCUGGGGGUAGGGAGGAGGAGCUGUUUCGUCCCUGCUGGGAAGUUAAAGACUUUGAGUGGUGCGUUUUGGUCCCUGUCGGCAAGUUGUGUGUGCGUAAAGGAAGGAGCAGCCUAUCCGUCUCUCUUUCCCCUCCCUCGCUCUUGUCCAUGUAAGUGCUGGGGGUUGCGGUCGCGCAGCGGCGAUGAGUGGAGCUAGUGAGCAGGACCGCGAGGAUAGCAUAUGGUCCUCAGUGGCCGCGGCUCGGGUGCACGCUCGGUCCCAGGACCUGGGCUCCGCGCGCCUCUCCCCCCCCCCCCCCAUGGGUGCAGCGCAGUAGGGGUUUAUCAGAGAGGAUGGCCAAAUGGCUGAACAAGUACUUCAGUCUGGGCAAUAACAAGACCAAGAGUCCUCUGCGGCCUGACUACCACGAUAAGCGCGAUGGGGCCAGCAGCACGUCUGGCUCUGACGGCCUACACUAUCACUAUUGUAUUUUGCCUGGCUUCCUACACCACCACCUGUGUGGCAACACCAGCGACCUGCUCUGUGCCUACCACGCCCAGAAGGACCGUGACUUUGAGGACCCCUACAGCAGGCCCGGCUCGUCCUUGUGCAAGUUGUGUGCUGUAUACCACCUGGACUACUACGUGCCUGAGAACUUGGAUGAGGCAGCCCCCAAGGCUUUCUCCUCCUCCUGUUGUGCCAGGACCUCUAUGCUCUCUGCUGCUACUCCCAUUGGCUCUCCACGCCUCUUCCACAGCCAUAGCAAGAAUCAGCUGGCCCUGCUGCCUAAUAUCAAGUACACUUCCUCUGAGCACCACCUCAUCAAGGUUGAGAGUGGUUGCAGCCAUGCUCCCGAUAGCGCUGCUUCUAUGGUCACUUGGAGUUCCCUGGGUAGUGUUGCCAAGAAGCUCAACAAGGGCCUCGAGCAACUGAAGACCCCUGCCCCCCCUACCAAGAAGGAGAAAGUUUCGAUAGCAGAUGAUUACUCAGAUCCAUUUGAUGCCAAAAGUGAGUUGAACAAAAUGGGAAAGGGGGAGGACACUGGCUAUAUGGAACCGUAUGAAGCCCAGAGGAUAAUGACUGGUAUUUGCUUCAUCUGGGCAGAUUGGACUCAAUCAGGAAGUCACAAGACCCUUGUGCCACAGUGGAGAAGAAGGAUUUAUAAGCCUCUGGAUUUGGUUACUGUCAGCAUGUCAUUGAGCUAUCUUCUUCCAGCAGAAUUUCAGAGACAGGGGAAUGUGAAGUCCCAGCAGAAAACCAUGCAGAAUUAUGACACACCCUAUGAACCAGAACACAAUGGUGUAGAAUCUGAUUCUGAAAAUGUAGUGAGUCAGCGCUUACAAGAAAAAAAGUUUCCACAAGAUGAUGACAGACCUGCGGAUGAGUAUGAUCAGCCAUGGGAGUGGAACACAGUCACCAUCCCAGCAUUGGCAGAUUCACCUGUACAUUCAUUCCAGCUGGGAGAUCAAGUGUAUCUUCGGACUUGGAAGGAUGAGCCGUUGGUAGAAAAGUGGAGAGGACCGUAUCUUGUACUGCUAACAACAAAUAAUCCACUACACCCGAGUGAAAGCAGUACCUCGAGAGACGUGGAAAGCUGAACAAGUUAUAUAUGAGUUGUAUUAGAAGCGAAUCGGUUUUAAAUUUAGAUUGUAUUCAGGGAAGAAUUGCUUUAAUCUGUUUGUUAGGAAUAGGGUUAAUAUUGUUGUUACGGUAUCUGUGUAAAAAUGAUGUUCUCCUUAACAACCAGGGAAGAAAUGUGGUGGUUAAUUUUUCUAGGUUACCUGAGCCAAACAAUUAAAGGGAAUCAGGAAGGAUUUUGGAGUCACAGUCUCCAUUUGGAAGUAAUUAUGGAACAGAUCGACCUACUAGGUUUCAGUCAUUUGUAAGGUGGUUGUUUCCACAAUUGGGAGUGAGUGAUAAAACCUCUGAUGCCAUUGCAGCUUUAUGUUAUUGGCAUCUCAGGGAGGCGUAUGUACAGUAAUAAAUACUAGUUGCUGUGUAUAUGUGGAUCAAAGCGGGAGAAUUUCUACCGAUCUAAAUGAAAUCUGGAAGCAGACUGAAAUCUUACAUGGGGUUCAGAAAGAUGAUACCUCUUUCGGAUUUGAAGAAACAUGGAAAUGGUUGACUUCCUGGUUCCCUGAUGUGAGCUCAUGGGUUAAAAAAUGUUUAACAAUUUUGGGAAUGGUGCUAGUAGUUUUUGUAUGCGUUUAUGUAGUGAUUCAAUGCAUUUCUAAGUGUUAUACAAAAUUAAUAUGGGAAAGAUUUUAAGAGAGUGAGACUAAUAUGAAAAUGAUCAUAUAAGUCUCAAAGGGGGGAAUUGUUACAAGACAACCCUGAGAAGCUCAGAAAGAAUGUUUGAAGUAGGUAGAUUUGGAUAACUUCUAUCUUAGGCAGAAUUUGCUUAGCAUGAGUAGCCGCACACUUGCUUAGCAUGAGUAGCUAAAUUUGCUGAAGCCUUAGGCCGCGCUCCUAGUGCGGUAAGAAAGGGCCUCAGGGCUGGUGCAGGCUGGAAAGAUAAGGGAGUUACAAGCAGUCUGCAUUCCUGUGCCCCACUCUCCAAAAGGGAGGAUGUCAAGGCUGAGAAAUAAGGCCUGUUUGGGUGCCAGGACCUUGGGAAGCAAAGCCUCCUCUCACUGUUGAAACAGUGUUGAUUAAGGGGUCUGGAUUAUGUCUUCUUCCUCAGGACCUUGGGAGAUAACACCUACUGACCCAGCUGGGGCAGUGUUAAUUGAUCAGGACCUUGAGGAGCAGGGGUGGGACCCAGGGAAUGAAGAAAUCACUAACCAAUCAGUGUAAAAGGGAAAGUCACAAAUCUGGCAAUUUGUGUGUAUAAAUGCUACUUGAAAAGUUGGGGGGGUGUGCUCGAUUUGUGGGAAACCACCGAGCACCCAGGCUUGUGCAGCUCUGAAAUAAAUAAACAAAUGUCUCUCCUGAGUGUGUAAUUAUUGGCUCAUUGCACACCGGGCAACGAAUCCACUUUUCGGACAACAGUCCCAAGGAGAGAUCCCAUAGCUCGGGUGAGAAGGAGUUAAUUCCAGUCCGCAGUGAUUAACACUGCCCCAGCAGUGAGAGUAGGUGUUAUAUCCCAUGGUCCUGAUGAGGAGGAGAUAGUCCAGACCACCCUAAUUAACACCCUUCCAGCAGUGAGAGGAGGCUUUGUUUCCCAGGGUCCUGGUGCCCAAGCAGGCCUUAUCUCAAAGCCUUGACCUCCUCCCUUUCGGAGUGUGAAGCACAGGAAUGCAGACUGCUUGUAACUGGCACCAGAUUGGGGGGAGGGGGGGAAGCUGGGAGCAUCCCCCCACCGGGAUAGUCAUCACACUAACUUUCUGUAAUGUCUGUUGUGUUGCCCAGCAAAUAAUUCUUUAUUGUGAGUUGAAUUCUUGCCAUUUCUUGCAUAUUAGUUUGAUUAUUUUUCUGAAGGCAAAUAAUAAUAUCAGUUCUUGUGAGCUUCCCAUACAAGGUUGGUGAUUGUGUGCUGUGCAGGGGUCACUUUUCUUUCAAAGUAUAUGAAAUUUCUAAAACAGGGACUUUGUUUAGCUGACACUGAAAGACAAGCUAAAUGUUUACAGUGUGACUGUACAGGAUGACAGUGUUUCUAUCUACAGUGAAAUAACAAGUGCAGUUUUACAGGCCACUUUUUCAACUACAAAUACAACAGCUGUAGAAGUGACAUUAGCCUAAAAGCUAACUAACUGUCUCAAGUCAUGUGUGUGUAUACAGAAAUUUUAGACUGUAUUUGUUAUAUAUCAUGUAUAUGAUAUGAAAUGAUUGAGUUCUGACUGAAACAAAGGAGUAAAUUGAUUAGUCUAAUAUGUUCUCUUUUGUACAUGACUCACAGGGCCCUUUAAAAUGUUUGGGCUCUCUAAUGAUAUUAGCACCCCUUUUAUCAGGUUAAUUUUAAAAUAGCAUUUGCUUAAAUAUUGAUUGAAUUAAGCUUUAUUUUGUAUUAGUUCUGUCUUCAGUUGUAAUUUGUCUGCAUGUGACUAUAAAUUGGUUAGGUGCCACAUUUUUAGUGUUUGGAUUUUUUUUUCUAUGUGUAUUCUUUUAAGGGGUUAUGUAGUUCUUUAUGAAGAUGCGCUAAAUUAAAGCUUGUUUCAUUAAAUAAAAAACUAAAAUUAAAUUCAAUUAAGAUGUAUUAUAUGAUACACUUGAAUCCUUUGGUUCCCAUCAGUAGAUUGAGUUCUGUUUUACAAUGCUAGGAGAGUAAACUUUUGUUUUUAAAUGGAUUAUGCUCCUAUAACCAGGCAUAUCAUUCAGUACAAUUCAGGUGUUUUAGAUAAAUGGUUAUUCAUUCCAGAUGAACAUGUCUAUGAGCAUAGAUACAAGCUGCUGUCUAAUCAGUUCUCACUAUAUUCUACCUAAUUAACUCCUGGGAAGUUGUGGACAUGCCUGUCAGAAGUCUAAAUGUUUAUAUAUAAAGAAGAGGAGCUCUGACUUUUAAGUUUGAAUCAAUGAAAUGUAUGCUGUGUAAAUGUUCUGUCCCUAUGCCAAGAAAUGUCUGGAGUGCUUUUUGAAUGAUGGACAUGAGUGCCACAGUUCUGUAAUGUGAGAUACCAGGCAGUAUGGAAUUUUAUUCCGUUUUUUGUUUUGUUAGUGAGGUGGAGUUCUCUGAAGGGUGUGGCCUUGUAUUAGAGAUACUGGUUUUGGGCCAGUCCCAUUUUUCAGGCACUCGACUACUAUUGAAGUUGUGGAGGUUGGGAACUUGAAAGCAACCUUCAUUUCAGCUUUCAUAAUUUGACAGAUCCUUCUGAAGGGAACUGCAGGUGCCAGUUGUGUGAAGUGUAGAGGUGCUGAGCCUUGUGCAGUAAAUGUUUUUGAUUUGCUGGGUAACAGACUUAAACCAACAGAUAGCAAGAAAUGCAACAAAUUAUUCUAUGAUCAAUUAUUCAUGCAAGUCUGCUCAUUUGUUACUCUGCCAUCAUUUUAAGGUUUACUGCUGAAACAGUGGGGAUAGAGCCUGCUUUCUACUUUGCAGAUGCACAGAUGGGGAAGAGGCUGUAGGGAGUCUGCAGUUGGCAAGAUUUUCAGGCAUGGAGCUUAAGAUCUGCAAGAUUGAAGGUGUGCAUAGGCUGUAUUACAAACUUACUCAGGCUAAGGGCAGCAUGGCUGCAAUGCAGCUCCUGAAUGUGGAAGCAGGUCUGUCAGGAUCCUGCUGAUGCUUGUGAAACAGCCUUUGCAGGACCUGGCUUGGGGACAUUUGUUGCUAAAGGUGAUGCUGAAAGAUGCAGUUCUGCUUACUAGGAUGCAGCAUGUUGACUGUUUGCAGUGACUUGGGCUGCUUUGUAAACAGGUUUUGUUUCAUGGGAGGCUGUACAAUGAAAAAGGCAGUAAGGAAAUAAUGGUUGAAGUGGACAAAUGCAUCUGAAGCCUCUAAAGGGACAGGGGCAGGUCUGGUUAGACCUGCUGAGCCAGGCAAACUGAUUUGGCCAAAUGGGGCCAAGGGCCUGGUAAAUCAGCAAGAACAGGUAGUGGUGCACUGGGACUGUGACUUCUCAGAGUCAGAUUGCUUGGGAUUGCAGCCCAAAGCAGGUGGUAAACUCUAUCUAAGGCUAAAUACUAGCAUGAUCAAAGUAACUGUCUGGUAUGCAAGUCUCUCCCUCUGGAAGGGGAGAUAGCACCUUUGGAGAGUCUGUUCAAGAACAUCAGGCUGACAUUGGCUUGUGAUUGGGUGUAUGAGGAAGUCAGGCCUUCCUAGGCUAUUGUGUGGGGAUAGCAAACCUUUAGGUAAAAUGAAUAUGUGUGAAGUCUGUAGAAAAUCUUUCCCAAUACUGCCUUAUAAAAUUAAGUGGCCUUCUGGUAUUAAGAGAACUGUCUGGUCACUGUUCACUGCUGGUCAUGGACUCUCUGAAGGAGUAACUGCAUAUGCUAAAUCUGGCCAGCCCUGCUGGCUGUAAGUGCUGAUGCAUAGAAAGUUGGGGCCUGAUCUUGGAGCAGGGGAGCUGUGGCAUGCCACCCCCAAUGGGGAAUGGUAUCGGCCACGGAGCAGGGAGAGAAGGGCAUGCAGGGAGUAGGGAAGGGUCAAGCAUGUAGUUAGGAUCAGAACUUUAGCGAUGUCCUGCAAACAGAAGUACUGCUACAGCAAGAAACUUUCAUUCUGGCUGUUUGGAGUUGAGCUGCUGAACCCUUAUAAUAAGGUACCUGUGGCCCUGGUUAGGGUGCACUUAGAAUGGCCUAAAAUCAGGCUUGGUAACAACUUCACAUCAACUUGGUACCUAACUUUAUGUAUUAUGCUUGCCAGAUUUGGUCUAUCUGACACUAAUGACAGAGCAGGCUAACAGGUGUCUAACUAACUCACCAAAAAUGUUGGGCAGGAGUCCAGAGACAGAUGUUUUCAUUUUUCAAACAAAACAUUCAAGAGUAUCUGAAAUUUAUCUUUGGGUAUGCUACUGUUACAAAACAGGCCCUAGUUUUAAGCAUCAUGCUGCUGUAAGGCUAUUGCUGUUUAACAGUCCAAGCUAAGGGAAUUUUUUUUUGUGUGUGUGAGUGCAUAUAUGAGCCAAUCUUUUUCUGUGUGAAAGAUGUUGUCCACUAGCUGAAGACAUAAAAUUUGCUAGCAUUCACAGACUUUGAGUUACAGUAUCAGGUUUCUUUUACAGUGAAAAUAAUGGCAAUAUGUGGUUUGUAAGGAUAUCUGGUUAAUAGCUAUUCAGCAUAAAAACAAAGGCUAGACAGGAAAAGUAAUAACUUGUAACAGGAGACAACAGAGGCAAUAGCAAAGACCAGAAGUCUCAGGUUACUGAUUGACAGGCCAUUGAAGGAACCACUGAAAGCCUUGGCAUGGAGAGGUUCAGCCAGACCUUUCUAACUGCUAAGAAGCAGGGAAACAAGUUUGUGAUGGGUCUUAGGGGAAAGAGCAAACUUGCUAUGGGAUGUUUUAAGGGGAUUGUAGGAAUGUGCCAAACAUUAUGGGAUGUUUUGGGGGAAGGCCCAAAAGCUGGGAAGGAACAAGUUGGAUCUGAAAGAACAAGUGUGGGAAAAUAGAGAGGAGGGAGGAUAAAAGGAGCCGGUUGCAUGUAAGCAAGGGGCUGGUCAGGGUCAGUGUGCUUGUCCAAUUGAGUCCUGCACCUGAUAACCACAGUCUGUCCUAUCUUAUUAAACUCCAUUCCUAACUGUAUUCUGUGGGAGUGUGCUCUGUUCUGUGUGUGUGAUUCACUAGUAAACUUCAAGCUGGACUAGCCAGCUUCAGUCCUGAUCAGUUGGAGAGGAGGAACAGGACUUGGCAGUGCUGUUCACAUCAAUGUGAGUGCUGUUGGUGUUUAUGUGGGUGCCAGUAAACUCAUUUGCUUUGUCUAGAUUUGUCUUGGCCUGCCUGGAGCUUUGUUUUAGCUUCUUUAGCUUGAACAGCAAUUGUCUAAUGACCAGGUGGCUAGUACCUAAUUUGUUUUGCUUAGCUUUGUACAAUUGUGUGGUGUAAUGCCUAUCCUUAAUACAUUUGAUAUAGAAUAAAUAGUUGUACUGUGUAGAAUGAACCAUCUAUGACCCUAGAAUAAUGAUACAAUGUAAAAGAGUACAGGCAUAGGAUGACAGCAGAGGUCCAGGGCUAUCAGUGAGAACAGGUGAGUUGUUGAUAGCAAUGCAAACUUAAGAGCUGGGCAAAAACAAUUUUAGGGGUAACAAAAAGGACAAAGAAGAAGUAUCCAACAUAUAUCAAACACGCCAUAUAUAGUAAAGUUGGAUAUAACAUGGAGUUACAGACCAACGAAGAAAGAACAAGGUGUAAAGCAUGUUACAAAGCAUUUAAAAAUGGCCCCAAGUGGACCCUAGUGAGUAGGAAGAAAACCCCCACCAUUAACAUCACACUUCUGGAGAAGAACUUGGGACACCAGCAACUCACUGUAGGUGCUCCUCCCACUUUUAUUUUUCUUGAGGAAGACAUGCACCAUUGGCUUUAGGACCCAGAGGAGCAGUGGAACAGUGAGCAUAACACCAGAGAUAAAAAUAGGUAAAUACUAGGAGGACUUUCUGUACAAUAACUUUUACCUGUAGUAUUCUUAAUGAGAUUUGCUUUGUGUUUAGAUUGUGAGUGUUACUAUCACUGUAAUUGGACUAAUAAUAAUGACUUAGUUGUUUUUUGAUUACACUGAAUAGGUUUUAAUUAGACCAACAAUAAACUGACUUUACACGCAAGCUGUAUUCCCCUUUUUGUCCAUAGCAAGAUUUUAAGCAUAACAGAUAGUACAACCUGCACGCCUGAGUGGCUGUGAGCUCUGGAUGUAUGAGAGAGAUACUGUGCUGGUACAAGGAUGCUCUGUAAGUUUUCUCAUAUGGCUUUCUGUAAUGUUGCUGCUGAAAUCUGCAGGAGGUGACUGCUCAGUGUGUGUUUUGAAAUAUUUUGCCUCUGUUUAAAUCUGUGAAGUUUAUUCUGCACAGUCCCUACUGGAUAACCUGAAAACCAGUAGCAAUUCAUUUUCAGCUGGGAAGAUGGGGGUAUCUUCAGCUUGUGGGUACGUUACAGUUUUUUCUUGAGGAAGCAAACCCAAAAACAGUCUGGGAGAGGAGUCAAAGGAGAGUGUGUGGAUAGCAGUGUUCCUGUGACUGUUUCUGCCAAUGUUCUGUUCUUUGAUUCUUUGAAAUUAUAGAUUUGUGGAGUCUAAGUAUAGCUUUUAUAGGCAUCAGGAUGCAGGCUUCAUCAAUAUGUGCUUUGUUACAGAAGUUGUAAUGCUCUCAAAUUAUAGCUUUGCAAAAUAAGGCAUACUGCUUUAGUUCGAAUAAUAUAGCUUGUGAGAGAAACUGACAAAUAGCAUUUUUCUUCUUCAUCAUUUGUUGUCCCCUAUUAUUUCAAGAUGGAAGCCUUGUGCCAAGAUUUUUUUUUUAAAAUAAUUGCUCCCUGCCAGCACUUCUGGUGUGGACAGAUGGUUUUUUUGCUGUUCACAUUUGCACAUAACAUCACCAUUCAGAUGAUUGCACUUACACUGAGGGAAGUUGAAUUCUUGCUACUCUUACCUUUUUGCAUCUUAAUUACAGCAGGUGAAAUGACUGAAAACCUUUCUUUGCUGGACUGCCUCUCAUAGUAACAAUAGUACCUUAUGGGGAAGAGACUAUCAAAGUGUUAAAACAAGCACCGAUCGUUUUAGCAGGGUUUGAAAGCAAUGUGGAUUAGGUUAUCAAGUUCUAGAAGGUCAAGAGAAUUUUAGGACUGUAUUGCGCACAAUUAAAAACAUCCUUAGAUAAUUUAGAUCUUUUUGUAGAUAAACCACUAAAUCUCAUGCUAGGGGAUGCAUGUUUGUCCUCCCUGGGAAGUGUAAAGUCCCUCUAAAGUGCUACAGCUA